AUAACAGAAUCGCCAUGAUGGUUAUUCAGAAACACAUAAUACUCCAAACUUUUCAACUCGCCUGAUCUAAAAUUUACAGAAUAUAAAACGGGAAAGUUACAAAUACAUCGGUUAAAUUGAAUAUAUUUGUUUGUGUUGUUUAGAUUAUUAAUCCCGUAAAUUUCAAGUUUUAAUCUUUUGAAUUGUGUUCAUCAUGUGGUCACUUAAUUGUGCGUUUGUGCUGAUGAUCUUCAUGAUCUACGGCUGUGCGGCGAAGGAUUUUAAGAUAUUCUGCCAAUACGAUAUGGGGUCCUUUUACUAUAAGAAUUCGAGCAAGUUCUUUUCCUGGAACAUCGAUCUCAGGCUCUGCACGCAUUUAGUCUACGGCACUGGCGUGGGUGUGGAUGGGGAGACUGGCGACGUGACGAUCACUGACAAGUAUCUGCUGGUCGAAAAUGAUAUAUUGAAUGUCGCACACCGCCUCAAGCGAGACAACGUUAAAAAGGUAAUGUUCACAAUAGGCGGAUGGCUAGAGGAGUCGAGCGACUUCUCCAAGAUGGCAGCGGACGCUCGCAAGCGGGAUAGGUUCUUCACGUCGCUGGUCAGAUUCAUGUACGGGUGGGGCUUCGAUGGCGUCCAGAUCGACUGGCGUUAUCCCACGCAGCGCGGCGGCAAGCCUGAGGAUCGGAAGAACUUUAUUCUAUUGCUGGAGGAGCUGAAGAUAAUUUGCCAGGAGCAUCAAUUUAUUCUGAUGGUGGCAGUUUUGGGGCGAACUGACAAGAGCACCCUGGAGUGGUACGACAUUCCCAAACUGGUCCAGUAUGUGCACUAUAUUAACCUAAUGCACCACGACAAUCGGGAUCCGUAUAAGAUGCAUCUCAGCUACAACGCCCCACUCUCUGGCAAAAAUGGCGUGAUUGAAUCCGUAAAGCUCUGGAAGAAGCUGAGCAAAGCGCCAGGGAAGCUGAUUCUGAACAUUCCCCUCUUCGUGCGCUCCUACAUUAUGGAAAAACACAAGACCACCGUCGGUUCUCCCUGCAAGGGUCCGGGCCUCAAGACAGCCCUGACCCGCAAGUCCGGCUUCAUGACCUAUAACGAAUGGUGCGUACAGGCAGACACGUGGACGCAGAAAUUUGACGAGCAGGCACAGGUGCCGUAUGCCUAUAGGGACGACCAUUGGAUUAGCUUCGAGAAUAACCGCAGCAUCACGGAGAAGUUGAAGCUGCUGAAGUCCCAAAAUCUUGGAGGCGCAAUAUCCUCUACAAUCGAUGCGGAUGACUUUUCCGGCAAAUGCGGAAAGAAACACGCCCUGGAACGGGUGAUACUGGAAACCCUCGACCCCCAGACAGUCCUGGUGGAUAUGGAUGCUCCAACAGAACCACCACCUUGUCUGAAAGAUGGCGUGUUUCGCGACAUUAAUGAUUGUCAGCUCUACUACGUGUGCUCAGCUGGCCAUCGAUCCGACUACGAAUGCCGCUGGCAAGAAUUCUUCGACGAGGCCAAGUCCGAAUGCAGGCCCAUGAAAGAGGUCAAAUGUGAGGUAUUGGAAGCCGCACUAAAAGCAAGAGAGUUACGCGAUAGUACCCGUUCUAUGUAGAAUUGUUUCAUCACGGAUGCUAAUACCUUUCCGCCAAAUUGAUUCUUAAAAUUGUGGAGUAGCCCACACCAUCCCAUACCAGAUACUGAGCAUAUUAUAUCUAAUAUCUGAAAGAA